AGUCUUGAAAGGUAAACUCUUUCUAUAUGGGUCAACUCACUACCAUCAUUUUCAAUGUAUUCUACUAAAUUCGUUUGUUCUCUGAAUUCAGACCUAUUCUUCAUAGGACUGCCUCAGCUCACUAGAGCCUAUUGGAAAAUAUCUAGUCUCCUAGGUAUUUCAAAUAUAUUCCUAAACAGUCUCUCUUCUCAGCACCUGUUCAUUAGCGUAUCUCUUACUAUUUCCAUCCACCCUUGGCCUUCCUGGCCUCUGCCCUUUAGCUCAUGUGCCUUGCUCUGCUCACUGAAGCUCUUUCACAUCUCUUGAGAUCCAAUUAAUUCACCCAUACUUAAUCCCCUCCUUCAGGCAGUUCAGAAAGGCCACUUUUCAUGAAGUUCACUUCCCAAAAAUGUGCCCCUACCUCCAUUUCUUAUUACUUCCACCAGUUAUCUCAAAACAUAUUAAUUACCCACUUGCUUUUGCAUUUAAGACACUGACUUUACCAAUACUAGCACGUCCUUGCUGACCUAUUCACUGCAGGUUGAAAGUUGACAAUAAAGCAAGUUCAUUCUGGUGAUCUGUGGACCCACAAUCUAAAAAUAGUAUUAUCUGUUGAUAUUUAGACUAUUGUGCUUUGUGCUAAUGAUCAGUGUGCUUUUUACUAUCCAUAUCUUUGCUUUGUCAGCUGCUAAAGUCGUGGUUCUCACAUUUUCCACAUGUAGUCCCCUUUGACAGGCAUGGCAGAAACCUCCCAAAGUAGCUCCCCGGCUGCUUUCUUUAUACUAAUACAGAAGUAGAGCUUUGCCAAUGUCGUCAUUUUUGUGCUAUUCUAACCCACGGUGGGGAAUGGAUUUUAAAAUUAUACUUUGUGAGGCUGCCUUUUAACCAGCACACAGGCUGCUUUCGAGAACUUCUACCCUGGAAACAGUGGUGUGAGCUUCCCUGGAUGAUACAGAACAGUGCCAAGUGCAGAUGUGCUCCCUCCGCUACGAGGGGAACUUUGUGCUUGCGCUGCCCCCUGACACUGGCCUGCCUGCUCUUUUCUCCUCCAGUUGCCGGCACGUUUAGCUGCACCAUGAAGUUUACUGUCCGGGACUGUGACCCUGACACUGGGGUUCCAGCUGAGGAGGGGUAUGACGAUGAGUACGUGCUGGAAGAUCUUGAGGUGACUGUGUCUGACCACAUUCAGAAAGUUCUGAAGCCCAACUUUGCUGCUGCCUGGGAAGAAGUAGGAGAUACUUUUGAGAAGCAGGAGACUUUUGCCCUCAGUUCUACCAAAACUCUUCAAGAAGCUGUCAACAACAUCAUUACGUUUCUGGGCAUGCAGCCAUGUGAAAGGUCAGAGAAAGUCCCCGAGAACAAGAAUUCCCAUUCCCUCUACCUGGCAGGUGUAUACAGAGGUGGCUAUGAUUUAUUGGUGAGGGCCAAGCUGGCCUUAGCGGAUGGAGUGACCAUGCAGGUGACUGUCAGAAGCAGAGAGGAAACACCUGUGGACGUUAUCUUGGCUUCUGUUGGAUAAGUUUUUACUGGGCAAGAUGAAGCUGAUGUACUUCACUGUCAGUGGGCUUUUAGGCUAGUGGCAUGAUUUUCCCAGAAUCCCGCUUUUAAAGAUUAAUGAUUCUGGAGAAGCAAAUUAAAUGUUUGGCCCUGAGCCAGCAGAUCAAGCAAACGUCUGUCUUUGUGCAUGUCUUUUUUUUUUUUUGUCUUUUUUCCUUUUUGUUCCAUUGGUCGACUUUGGUGUGAUAGUACAGCUUUGGGUGAACAUGUAAAGCAAAUACUAUCCUAUACCCCAGCUGCUCAACUUCAUUAUAUUCUUUACUGUAAUGUGUCUGAAAGCUCCUGGCAAUGUUGGAAAACUUUAUCCCGGAGGGGUGGUGGGGAGGGGAAGGCAGAGUCCACUUUUGUCAAAAUUCAUUUUAUUAAUAGAAAAUAAACACUUAAUUCCACUUUCAAUUGUUA